AUGGCUGAAAUUGUUCAGCAAGUUCUUGAAAGCUCUAUUCAAGAGUUGACUGUUUUGGAAAAGUACAAUCUUUUCGAAUCAGACGAAAUUAAGGCGAUACUAAAGAAACGCCGAGAAUUUGAGUACAGACUGAGGAAGGUGAAAAAAUCAAAGGACGAUUUUUUGCGGUAUAUAACCUAUGAAGAGAGUUUACUAAAAUUGAUCCGUAUUCGCCGAGAAAAGUCUGGUUUAGAAAUUGACAAAAAUGAAAUUGAAAAAAGCGUUCUUGACCGCAUAAGGAAUCUUUUCGAGUUCACCAUAAACAAGUUCAAAUCAGACAUUCCGCUUUGGCUGUCUUACAUCAACUUCAACAAAAAUCAAAACCACUUCGAUCAGGUAUCGAUGCUCUACUUCCGUAUGCUGCAAGUUCACAACAAAGACUGGCUGUGGCUGCAAUUCGCCAAGUUUGAGUUUGAAGAGAGAGCUUCCUCUGAAACGGCUCGCAAAGUCUUCUUGAGGGCCAUCAGUUUUCACUCCGAUUCCAAGCAGGUUUGGCAUGAAUAUUUUCGGUUUGAGCUGCUCUACUGCUCUAAAAUUCAACAGCGGUAUAAAAUUCUCGCCAGCAGCAACUCGAGUGAAUUGGAUGAAAAGCAGGAACACGAUGCCAUUUGGAAUGGACAACUUGCGUGCAUUGUGUACAAACAUGCGAUCAAUGUUUUUACCGACUUUGAAUUUGCUUCCUCCUUUAUCGACAUUUGCAACAAGCUCAGCCAUGAAACAACCAAAGAAGUGAAAAUAUUUAUUUUUGACGAUCUUAAAAGCCGAUUUGGAUCGUGCGAGAAGUAUUACAAUGCUCUGGCUUGGGACAAAUUUAAUACCCUUGGGCAAAGAGUACGCUUUGGUGGCCUUACUGAGGAAGAGCAUUUAAAAUUAAAGCAAGAAACGAUUGCCGAAGUGGUUUCUAUUUUUGAAAAGGCUUGCCUAAAUUUUGAUAAUGCUGAAAUGUGGAGCUAUUAUAUCACUUUUAGGCUCGAAGAUUUAAAGAAUACUGACGACACUGAUUCUCGAAUCCUUAAAAUGAGCGAAAUCAUAUUCACUCUUGACAAGCUUUGGAAGCAGAAUAAGGUUGCGUAUUCCAUUUUUGUCGAAUGGAUCAUGCUGAUGUAUCUUUGCAACAAAAAAGAGCUGAUCAUUAUUCAGAAAAUUCACCUUUUGUUGAAGGAAGCGUCUGAACGGUGGCCCGAUAACCUGGAUGCUCACCUCUUUAUCGCUUGUAUCAUGGUCAAGCUGCCUGACAAAAAGAUAUCGGACAGUAUAAUUGAAAAGUUCUUCCACGAUUGUUUAUCACGAAAAUUCACCAAAGUUACUGAAGAAAACCUAGACGCAAUGAUGGACUUUUGGCAGCUGUACCUCGACUGGUCAGUGCAAAACAAGUUGUCCUACUCCAAAAUUAUAAAGAUGGUCUCUCAACUUAAUGAUGUUUCAAUUUAUGCCCCACGGAAAAUGUCUGAAUACUUCAAGUCAAAAGUGUUAGCAAUCAUUUUCCAUCAGUUUGGCAUUAAGAAAGCUCGUUCUUAUUAUCAGAAAAACAAAACGACGUCUCCGAUUAGUCGAAACUUUAGCUACAAAAUGAUUGAGAUUGAAAAACAUGUCGAAGAGAUGCAAGAGGAGAAAACCGAGGAUUUCAGCAAUUCAAUCAGCUCUGCGUAUGAGGACCUCAUUCAUCACUUUGGCAAGGAGGAUGUCUACGUUUGGCUAGACUACAUUCGCCACAUAAUGACCAUUGACACGACAAAAGUGGGUGCGCUUUAUGAGAAAGCGCUGAAGUCUCUGAGUUCUGGAUUAUGUCAACAGUUUGUGCAGCAAUACUCACUGCUUAAAUCCUCCUCUAUUAAGGAUCUGUGCCGUCAACGAGCCCAGCUCACCGGAGUUUAUCGCAACUUGCAAACAAUCAGCCAAACGAACCUGAUAAAUGCUUCGUCUCGAUCUCUUGCUAAAACCAGCAUCACCCGCGCCUUGUCAUCCAAUGCUCACGAUCACAGCAAGCUUUGGGUAGUCGAGAAGGCCGUUUCCCUGGGCCUAUUGGCUGUCAUUCCGGCUGCGUUUGUCUGCCAAAGCUCUGCUCUCGAUUAUGCUCUCGCCUUGUCACUGGUGGCUCAUAUACACUGGGGACUGGAAGCGGUCGUUGUCGAUUACAUCCGACCUGCCCUCUUCGGCCCUGUUAUACCGAAAGCUGCAGUAGGAGCUCUAUACUUAUUGUCUAUUGCUGCCGUUGCCGGCCUUUUCUACCUGAACUACAGCGAUGUCGGCCUGUCAACUGCUAUUCGAAUGAUUGCAAAGGUUUGA